CACCGGUCAGCAUAAUAGCUGAGCUCCUCCAGCGGCUGCACACUGCGGUAACGUUGGUUCGAGAACAUUCUUGCCCUGACCAUCACCAACCCGCAGCACGUUGACAAAGGGAGGACGGACAGCUGCAGGCUCGGAACGGAUCCUGUGCGCCUGUGAGCCAAUUAUAUACUGCUCAUACGCAUCGCACGAACUGCUGUAGAGAAGAUUCAGCUGCUGUUAUCUGCACAUUAACGUUGCGGUAUGCUCCCUCCCUUCUUGAUCACGUACCACCUUCCAAGCAAGGUGCGCAAAUACUUCCUUCCGCGUACAGCAGCACUGCAUGCGAGAUCUCAUUGAUUGAUUGAUUGACGAUGUGAGAACCCUUUCGUGUGGAGCGCCGAGAGCAGUUGGUGGACAUACAUGUGUGAAAGGUGUCAAACUUGUCAUUUUUUUUGCGGUCAAAACGUUGGCGCUGCCCUUCUUUGUCGUCAACUUGUUGUGGUGCGGCCGGUGCUCGGUAUUUACUGCUGUAGUAUAGCUCGGUGUGUGUGAAAGGUGUCAAACUUGUCAUUUUUUUUGCGGUCAAAACGUUCGCGCUGCCCUUCUUUGCCGUCAACUUGUUGUGGUGCGGCCGGUGCUCGGUAUUUACUGCUGAGUAUAGCUCGGUGCUGCUGUGCAUAUAUAUGCGUUGGACACACCACCUGCACCACCAGUCCUUAAUUUUGGUUCUCGAAGCAUGUUUGCAUCGCAGCGUUUGGGAAAGUCUCACAGCAGUCUCCACGGCAGUCUCGCACUUCCUACCCCAUCGACAACGUGUCAGCUGCGACGGUUUCACCAGCGGCUGCAAGGUGGUCCUGGGACGAAGAACCAGGAUGCUCAUGUCGCGCUGGACUCUCCUGCCGGGGCUGCUUCUGGUGCUCACGCCGUUUUUUGAGGAAAGCGGCUUGGCGCCUGUAGCUGGAGCACUAAGUGGGGUGGAACCUGCCGACGCGUGCGCCGAUUUUGCACCUGGCCAAUACACCGGGUCAGGGUGGACGCCCGAAGACUGCUUGCACGUUUGGAACGACUUCAACGAUACAGUAUGGGAGCAGUUUCAUCCGCGUAUGCCGGACGCGGACCUUUGGAUCGAUACGGCCGAGGAGCUGAGACGGGCGGGGUCGCCAUGCCUCGUUGGUUCCAUACCGAACGGCGACGGUGCCGGCAGUACCACCAUCAGACAUCUGGCGACGUGGAUAUUUUCGAGGGAGAUGGGGUGCGAUUGGGUCACGCCCGACUGGGGGAAGAAGUUCGUGGGCGGCCGCAGCGGGACGGCGGUGAUGUACUGCCACAGAGCCGGCACCGCCGCAGAAAUGGAUCCUUCGAAGACGAAAGAGGAGCUGAAAGCAAUGCGUCGAUGUGUAAUCAUUGACUGGUUGUCGUACUUCCAGUUCGAUAUUCCAUCUGUCCCGAGUCCGGUGCACGAGAAGCUCAUGGUUGUCGAGGCAAGCGCGUAG